AUGGAAACGCAGCACGCCCAGUACAUUGACGACCUGGAGAAGAAGCUGCAGCAUGCGAUCAGGACCCACAAAGAGAUGGAGCAGAAGCUCCAGCUGCAGCUGGAGACUGUCCAGCAAGAGCAGCAAGCCGCAGUGGAGAACGCUCGCAAGGUGAGCACCAUUUUGACCCGCGUCUCCAGCUGGAUGCGGCAAGUGCAGCGAUCGGCCCAAGCCGAGCGUCAUUCACGCCAUGUAGUCAAAUCUGUGAGUCGGGACCUGGAGCUGACGGUGACACCACGAAGCGACUCGCCGUACACACUCUGGACCACAGGAGCGAGCCUCGCGACAAACGUUCCGGAAUGCCACGAUGAACCGCGACAAGCUACGCUCCCUCCCCCCGCUCCUGGACGGAACCGCUCCAAAAGGUCAAGUUUACCGGGGAAAGGUUUCCACUACCGAAGUCCCGGUGCUCUGUUUGCCUACUGUGCACAAGUGGUCACAACCUCGUUGGCGGGUGUACGCUCCUCUCCAGAACCGCGAGUGAAAGUCACACCGGCGUGGAAAGGGGAUCGCUUGCCUCAGCGUCCGAGUGUAGCGCUUCCAAGCCUUUCGAUCGGACUGCUCUAG